AUGGAUGUGGUGGCGACGCCGUUCUGGUCUUCUUCUCCUUGUGGCUCUCCGAUGCCGGUGACUGUGGGCAGCGCGAAUCCCUUGUUUCAGUUGGGGAGGCUCUACUACCGAACCGCUGCGAAGGCAUACAACAUGACACGGUAUGUUGUGGAAAGUCUAAAGCUGGAUGAAACUGUCCUUGCGACUGCCAUGUCGUACUGGCACACAUUUGUAAGUCGUUUUGAGUUGCGACGGUUUGACGAAAUAGUACUGAGCGCCUCUUGCGUGUUUCUGGCGUGUAAGGUGGAGCAUUACAAGGUGCGCCUAAAUCGGGUAAUUUCGCUCGUCUUUGAAGUCAAUGGGGAGGGUGAUGAGAUGGAGGGGUGGCGGAGGAUGUUACUGGAGAUGGAGUUGCUUUUGUGUCAUACGUUAAACUUUAAUUUUCAAAUGGUCCAUCCAAUGAAGCGUAUCAUUGAGCUGGUGCCUGAAAAACAUGCGGGAAUGUUGGAAUGCGCUCAUCGCCUCUUUUUGCUUUCGUUUAUGACCCCGUUGUGCGCUAAGGUGCCGGCCGAUGAGGUGGCGGAAGCUUUGGUGUACCUCGUCGCAGAUGGCUCUGGUCAAUUGGAAGCAUACGCCGGCAAGUUUAGAUAUGACUCAGUGGAACGACGCGAGGGCAUUAUCAACGUAAUAAUUGAUGCCCUGGCUGUGAUGCGAAAAAAUACGGGAUUACUAAAGGUGGAUGACAUGAUUGUGGCGCGGCGGAAACGAAUGCGUGAACAAGAAUCUUCCCGCCCCUCAGUUGCGCACUCCAGCGGCGGAGCGGAGAGCUUGGACGUCACUCCCUCUUUUUUGUGCGAAUGA